AUGGCGAUAAUCCUAAUGAGAGCCACCAGAGUCCAUACCAGCACAUGUCAUCUAACAGAGUACAGGAUAGGAAAUGAGUGCUGUGCGUUGUGUCCUCCUGGGAGUCGAGUUAAAACAGACUGCACAGAGUUCAUACGUACAACCUGUCAGCCUUGCUCAGCUGGGACUUAUUUUGAUGAACCAAAUGGUCUGAAGAGAUGCUCUCCAUGUUCUACAUGUGAUUCAGGAGCUGGUCUGAAGGUAAAAGAAGAAUGUAGACGGUCUGCAGACACAGUCUGUGAACCAAUGGAGGGAUUCUUCUGUACUGACCUUAAACCAGGAGGCUGUGGUUCAGCACAGAGACACAGGAGCUGUAAACCAGGACAGUUCAUCAGGAGGAUAGGAACAGCCUCCACAGACACAGACUGCUCUGACUGCGUCGCUGGAACGUUUUCUGAUGGAUCAAUGUCGUCCUGUCAGCCACACACACAAUGUGAAAAACAAAACCUUCAGCUGAUAAAAGCAGGAAAUACUUCAACUGAUGCUGAAUGUGGAGAAAAGAAAAAAAUCACAGGAAUAGUGAUCGGUGUGGUGAUGGGUUUUUUACUUUUGGCAACGAUUGUUGCUGUUGUUAUUUUUCUCUGGAAAUAUCAAAGAAAGAGACUAUUAGGUGUCGGCCAGUCCAAAACUGCCUUUAUCUUGUCUUCGGAUGGCUUAACCUGCCCGCCCUCGAGCACAAACCCGAAAAAGGUGACAGAAGGUUGGUGA